AUUGGUCCGCCAGAUGGCACUCAAACCCAACACGGAACUGCACGAGGAAGCGGCAGACAAAAACAAGAGAUAGCGGUGCUUCUAUGGGAUAAAAAACAUAUAUACGGAUGCUGUGCCUGGCUCAAAAGGAAAAUGUCAGCUAAGGAGGGUGGAGAUGGUAAAAAUGGUCCAACUGUGGCCAUGUCGCCUGAAAGAAUGACCACUGACAAAGGCAGAGAAAACCAGAACCAGCAUGGAGUCGAGGCGACAGGAGGCACAGCAGACACCAGCACAGCAGCGAAAAACUUGGCGCUGCUUAAAGCACACUCUCUGGAUGUGAAGUUUGAUGUCGGAGAGGAGUAUGAUGUUAUAGAAACCAUUGGCACCGGGGCCUAUGGUGUUGUUUCAUCAGCCAGGAGAAGGGACAAUGGCCAGCAGGUGGCGAUAAAGAAGAUCUCCAAUGCAUUUGAAGUGGUGACAAAUGCCAAACGCACAUUGAGAGAGCUGAAGAUUCUCAAGCACUUCAAACAUGACAACAUUAUUGCCAUCAAAGACAUCCUGCAGCCGAAUCUCCCUCACUCUGCUUUCAAGUCUGUGUACGUGGUGCUUGACCUCAUGGAGAGCGACUUACACCAGAUCAUUCACUCUGCCCAGACACUCACCUCAGAGCACACCCGCUACUUCCUGUACCAGCUCCUCCGUGGCCUUAAGUAUGUGCACUCUGCCAACGUCAUCCACCGUGACCUCAAACCCUCCAAUCUGUUGGUGAACGAGAACUGUGAGCUAAAAAUUGGCGACUUUGGAAUGGCGAGGGGUUUAAGUUCACACCCUGAGGAAUCUCAUUCCUUCAUGACUGAAUAUGUGGCGACUCGGUGGUACCGCGCUCCUGAGCUCCUCCUGUCUCUGAAUCAUUAUAGUUUAGCAAUCGACUUGUGGUCCGUUGGAUGCAUCUUUGCUGAAAUGUUGGGCCGUAAGCAGCUUUUUCCUGGGAAGCACUACGUCCACCAGCUUCAACUAAUUUUGUCCGUGUUGGGCACCCCUCCCGAUGGUUUGAUUGGCACUAUUCGGGCUGACCGAGUACGCUCCUAUGUCCAGAGUCUUCCAUCACGGACUGCUGUGCCUUUGGCUAAACUGUACCCACAGGCUGAACCAGAGGCGCUGGACUUGCUGGCGGCCAUGUUGCGCUUUGACCCUCGUGAGCGAAUCAGCGUAACUCAAGCGCUGGAGCAUCCGUACCUGGCCAAGUACCAUGACCCAGAUGAUGAGCCAAUUUGCGUGCCAGCGUUUGACUUUGAAUUUGACAAGCUCCAGAUGAACAAGGAGCAAAUUAAAGAGGCAAUUCUGAUGGAGAUCCAGGACUUUCAUCAAAAUAAACAGAGCUGUCGCCAAAGACUGCAGUUCAGGCCCUUGGCGAGGGCAAACGUCAGCACUGCGGCACAAAGCAGAAACCAGCGUGAUGCUCAGCCCUCGACGGUUAACAUGAGCAAAUCAACACUGGUUCCAAUGGCACAACACCCGCAAGCAGCACAGAUACAGCAGCACAUAAGAGAAGUGAAAUCUCAACAGCAACAAGAUCAAACACCAGCAGAAGAGAACCACACUUUUACAAAUCAGAUGCAAACUUUUACUGAGACAGAAGUCGCCCCGCCUCAUGUGACCCAUAUUCUGCCUCCUCUUUCAAAAAGUGAAACUGGCCCGGUAGAUGUGGACAUGCCAAGUGCCAACUCAGACAGCGGUCAGCCAGAGACUAUCGACCUAACAACACCAGUGUCUAGUCAGGACACUCCACCAGAAACAAUGAGAGACAGUGAGGUUACAGAGCAGCUAACCAGCAGCAGUCAGGCUCCUCUGACUCAGCCCACCCAGAGCCAGUCCAUGACCCAGGCGCCCACCUCCAUUCCUGCAACGCCAGCACCCACAAUGACACCUUUACCCACCACUGUGCCCUCACUUUCUCUUUCAGUGGCACAGGCCCAGUCACUGUCUCAGUCCCUCUCACAGUCUCUGUCCAAGACUACCAGGCCUCCUCCAGGGGCAGGAGAGGGAGCCAGGAAAGAAGGAGCAAUUUCAGAGGAUACUAAAGCUGCACUUAAAGCGGCUUUACUGAAAUCAGCUCUGAGAAAUAAGGCCAGGGGUGACGGCGUUACCUCAGCUCUGGGCAUUGACUCCGGGGCAGGGGGAGGCGUAUCAUCCUCCCUGUCGUCUGCUUCUGACUUGCGUCGGCCUGUCACAGCCCAGGAGCGUCAACGAGAAAGAGAGGAGAAACGAAGGAAGAGGCAGGAACGAGCAAGAGAACGGGAGAGAAAAAUGAAGGAAAAGGAGAAAAGAGAAGGAAAACAGGGGGACUCGCUCUGCGGGGUCCUCCUGAGCGACUAUGACAAAAGUCUUCUGCAGCGUUGGACUCAGAUGAGGGACAGACGCAAUGAUAAACCGCAGAUUCCUAAUAAUGAUGGAGCAAAGAAUAAUGAGUGUAAUGUGAGCUCCCACAGGGGCGUUGAUGUUGGUGAUAACACUCAAGCAGCACUGGACAAUAAAACAGAAAAAGAGGCAAGGAAAAUUCAGCCUCAUGAACAGUUAAUCUCUCAGAUUAAACCAAACCAGCCGGCUUUGUUUCAGCCUCCCAGCAACCAGCAGCCUUCAAUACUUUUUCCAAUGAGCCAGAGGAAGCCCCAAGCCGAUAUAGUUGUUUCUGUUAGCGGUGGGCUGGAUAUAAUGACUGUCACUGGUGGCUUUGUUAAGAACAACACACUCAAACCUCACAGCGAGCGUAACGGACAAAGUGGUUUCAACUGUUUGGGGAAUUGGAGCGGCCCGCCACAGCAACAACAACCAAACAGAAAACCGCAGCCUCAAACGUCAAGCUUUCUUCAGCCACAGCUCCAACCUCAAUCUGACCCUCAACCUCCACCUCAGCUGCUUCCUCUGGAGAGUUUUUUGACCAAAGCUCCAACCGGAGAGAAAAACGGAAAGGAGGAUAUCAGAUGCCAUAAUAACCUCAACUCCCACCAUAACCCCUCGACUGCAAGUGCCGGUCAGCUGGAGAAGCUGUGUCCUCCUGUAGGAGAGAAACCUGGGCCGCAGACCACAAACUCUCUCUGUGGUGCUUUAGGUGUCCCCUCACAGCCCCAUCCCAGCCUCGGAUUCACUGAUACUGGACAGCAGGGACCCUCCAUGGCCCCAGAUAUUCACACAGUGACACUGCAGCUCUCCAAGUCCCAGGUAGAGGAUGUUCUCCCCCCAGUGUUCUCGGUCACCCCUAAAGGCAGUGGGGCUGGCUAUGGUGUGGGCUUUGACCUGGACGACCUUCUCAACCAGUCACUCACAGAGCUGCACCACUGCGACCGGGACAGGUACAGUCUGAUACAUUUCGACUCGGCGCCCCUGUCAGCCUCCCUCUUAUCUGAUUGGAACGAGGUUCACCGCAUGACUCCAGCUGAUCUGGAAUCACUGCAGCAGGAAUUGCAGCUCGGUUCUCCCAUGAUCCUCUCUGAUACAAUUCCCCAUGACGCCUGACUUAAAAGACAUUGCCUCUGAUUUUUGUACAAGUUACUUUCUUUCUAGCAUGACAUUUCUGAUUGCAGACUUAUCAAAUUAAUUUAAAUGCUAUUUUUAAAGGCAUCACUAAGCACUGUUUUUUUUUUUUACCAUGAUGACAUGAUGUGCUUUUUUUGUAAUAAAGAAAUCUGAGUCCUAA